GAGAUGCUUGAUAUAACUUCACACAAAAUGUCGGAAGUUUGCCCUCAAAAGGCAAAUAUCAAAAGUUUUGUUUGCUUUCGAAAUGUUUGAAGUUAGACUUUGACAAGCUAAAUUUUAAACGGAUACCUAAGUUGUUUUAAUGGCUAAAACUUACAAAAUUUUACAAAGUUCAUCACUCGACUAUCUUUGCAUUUCCCUCUUUAUUUUCUUAAAAUCAUUUGAACAACUACUGAAAAUUCACUUUUUUUCCUUCUUCCCACCAUAAGCGAUGUAUCGAUCAAUUGAGCAAUUCGCUCAUUUCUUUUCUCCAAUUCAAAUUCACAACAAUCCAAUCAAUGCAUUUCUACUGUAAUAAUGCAUUUUUGCAAAUUUCCAUUUCUGAUACCUCUGCAAAACUCUGCUAAAACUUUCACUUCAUCUCUUUCCCUCUUCUCUACCUUUGAGUUCCAUUUAACCAAUCAACAAAGCUUUGAAGGACAAGAAUUUGACAGAGCUUACUGGACCAGACGAAUUCAUAAGCUUUGUGCUAUUGAUGGAAAUGUAGAUGAAGCUCUUCGACUCCUUGAUGGGCUUCGACUUCAGGGUUAUCAUCCUGACUCUCUCAAUCUCAGCAGCAUUGUUCACGCUCUCUGUGAUUCCCAUCGAUUUUCCGAAGCCCACCAGCGAUUUCUUCUCGCCGUUUCUUCCCAGUCAACUGUCCCUGACGAGCGAACCUGCAAUGUCCUUAUUGCUCGCUUGCUUUACGCAGCUACUCCGCAAGAAUCUGUGCGUGUUAUUUCCGCUUUGUUCUACCAGAAGCCCCAGUUUGUGCCUUCGUUAAUGAAUUACAACCGUCUAAUCCAUCAGCUCUGUACUUUAGAAAGAAAUAGAGAUGCCCAUCAGCUGUUUGUUGAUAUGAGAAAGAGAGGGCAUUCUCCUAAUGCUGUUUCGUAUACUACUUUGAUCUGUGGGUAUUGCGGGGUUGGCGAGGUUCGGGAAGCUGAGAAGCUGUUUGCUGAAAUGUCUGAGUGCGGAGUGAUACCUAAUGCACUCACUUAUAGUGCUUUGAUUCGGGGGAUUCUUCGAAAGAGGGGCAUUGACCAUGGAAAACAACUGAUUGGGAAGCUUUGGAGUGUGAUGCGCACUGAAGAGGAUAUGCAUAUAAACAAUGCAGCAUUCUGCAACGUGAUCAAUUGCUUGUGUAGGGAAGGGUUCUUCCAUGAAGUAUUUAAUAUUGUUGAAGAUAUGCCUCAGGGUAAAAGUGUGUUUCAGGAUUUUGUAUAUGCACAAAUGAUAGAUUCUCUUUGUAGAUUUGGGAGGUAUAAUGGGGCUGCUAGGAUAGUUUAUAUAAUGAGAAAACGAGGAUUUGAUCCAAGCUUAGUGUCAUAUAAUACAAUUGUACAUGGUCUCGUCAAGGAAGGCGAUUGUUUCAGGGCAUAUCAGUUGUUGGAGGAAGGCAUUCAAUUUGGCUACUUGCCAUCAGAAUUUACUUACAAGUUAUUGGUAGAAGGUUUGUGUCAUGUAAAUGAUCUUGUUAAGGCCAAGGAAAUUGUCAAUAUGAUGUUAAAUAAGAAAGACAAUGACAAAACAAGGAUAUAUAAUAUAUAUCUCAGAGCUCUUUGUGUUGUUGACAACCCAACUGAGCUUUUAAAUGUCCUUGUCACCAUGCUUCAAACUCAAUGUCAACCAGAUGUGAUCACCCUGAAUACUGUUAUUAAUGGCUUCUGCAAAAUGGGAAGAAUUGAAGAGGCUCAAAAGGUUUUCAAAGAUAUGAUGAUGGAGAAGUUUUGUGCCCCUGAUGGUGUGACGUUCACAACUGUUAUUAGUGGGUUUUUAAAACUCGGGAGGGUUGAAGAAGCUCUUGAGUUAUUGCAUAGAGUUAUGCCUGAAAAAGGUUUAAAGCCCAAUGUUGUAACAUAUAAUGCAGUUAUCCAGGGGUUAUUUAAGUUACAUCGGAUAGAUGAAGCUAUGGAGGUCUUCCAUAGCAUGUUAAGUGGUGGCAUUGUUGCUGAUUGCACGACGUAUACUGUUAUUAUCGAUGGGUUGUUUGAAUCCAACAAAGUUGAUGAAGCCAAAAGUUUCUGGAACGAUGUUGUUUGGCCCUCAAAAGUUCAUGACAGUUACAUAUAUGCAGCCAUUCUCAAGGGGCUUUGUCGCUCUGGUAAACUGCAUGAUGCUUGUGAUUUCUUAUAUGAAUUAGUAGAUUGUGGGGUUCCUCUUUGUGUCAUCAAUUACAACAUUGUUAUUAAUGGUGCUUGCACAUUGGGCUGGAAGAGAGAAGCUUAUCAGAUUCUUGGUGAAAUGAGAAAGAAUGGACUAGAACCUGAUUCUGUAACAUGGAGAAUUCUGGAUAAAUUGCAUGGCAAUGUGGAAAAACAGUUCUGCAAGGAUUCGACAUGCAAUCAAGUGGGGGUUUAAGAGAAGCCGGUCGUUGAAAAAUUUUGGUCUUAAAUAAAGAGUGAAGUGACUAAGUUAAAAAGCGUGAGGGCAGCGGUUCUCUCAGUUGUCAUAGAAUGAACCCUAUGUAUGUUUUCAUGAUAGUUGGAUGUCUUUGAUGGUAAAAUCAGUAGGUGAUAUUGCUUCUGCUACAUAUCUAACGUUGGAAAUACGGAUGGAGGAAGCAUUGGACUCCGACCAGUUAUACAAAAUCAUAAUUGGUUAACAGGAGAUUCAACAUUUACAGGUAGCCAGGUAAAAAGAAAGAAACUGCAACAUAACUAUGAAUAAGUCAGAGAAGUUUUCAGAAGGCAGUUCAUCAUUUUAGAUGAAUGUACUUUCUUGUGUAAUAUCUCUUCUAUUUAUUACUCAUAGCUUCCGUGAUUUUUUUAAAAUUUAGAUAUUCAUCUCAUUUAACUCAAUAAUGAGAUUUAUUCACUUCUGUCUGAAUGUACUAUUUCUGUAAUGGUCAAGCAAACUUUUGAUGUUUCAUUAUCUGAGAAUUACUUCGUUCA